UUGCCGAGGGAUAUUUCUUUGCAUUUUGAUCAUUCCCUCUUGAUGUGGGAGUUCUAGUGCAAGUGGGGUUUUUCCUUUUUUCUGGGAUUUUGGACUCAAGUACCAGUGUGAAAUGGGACGGCAAAUAUGAUCCAAAAUUUUCAGGCAGCUGAUGUAUUCCUGCUAGCAUUCUCUCUCAUAAGCAGGGCUAGCUAUGAAAAUGUUGCCAAGAAAUGGAUUCUUGAGUUGAGGCAUUAUGCUCCUGGUGUUCCAAUUAUUCUUGUUGGAACAAAACUUGAUGUCAUUAUUAACUUGCUUGGGCAUUUCUUGACAACCAAUAUGCGACUUGUGUACAUCUUCGGGAUGAGAAGCAGUUUUUUCUAGAUCAUCCUGGUGCA